GUGUGCCAGUCAACUGCUGGUUUUAUCGUACCGUUUCAUUCUUCAUGAGGCGUUGCUUGUGUGGCAGGCACAAUCUCCCCUAAGGCUGGAGCAUGGAGGACUAUGAUGAGGGGAUAGCCUUCCUUGGCAACUGGGGCAGAUUUCAGCAGAUGAUCUUUUUCCUGCUCUGCGCCACAGCUGUGCCCAACGGAUUCAAUUCUCUGUCCAUCGUAUUCCUGGGAGACAGCCCAGCCCAUCACUGUCUGAUCCCAGAGGGACUUAACAUCACGGAGGAGUGGAGAAAGGCCAGCAUUCCCACACAGGUAGUGAACGGGGAGACGGAGUACAGCAGGUGCAGGAGAUACAGGCUGGACCUGAUCUCAAACUUCUCAGCCCUGGGCCUGUCCCCCAGUAAGGAUGUCAACCUCUCUCAAGUGCCACUCGAGGGCUGCUCUGAUGGAUGGACCUACAGUAAGGAGAUCUACCAGUCAACCAUAGUCACUGAGUUUGACCUCGUUUGCGACAAUGAGUGGAAACAGCCCUUUACUACCUCCAUUUACUGCUUUGGUGUGCUGUCUGGGUCUUUCUUCUCUGGACAACUUUCAGACAGGUUUGGGAGAAAGCCUAUCCUUUUCGUUACCAUGGCGAUUCAGACGGUCUUCACCUUCAUUCAGGCUUUCUCUCCAUCAUGGGAGGUGUUCUCUGUGCUCUUCUUUUUGGUGGGACUGGGACAGAUCUCAAACUAUGUCGCUGCAUUCGUAAUGGGAUCGGAGAUCCUGACAGGGACUCCACGGUUUAUUUACGGAUCCCUGGGAAUCUGUGGCUCCUUUGCCCUUGGCUACAUGAUGUUGCCGCUCUUUGCCUACUUCUGCAGGGAUUGGAGGACACUCCUGGUUGCCAUGUCUGUUCCCAGCAUUCUCUACAUCCCCCUUUGGUGGUUCAUCCAGGAGUCCCCCCGAUGGCUUCUCUCUCAGGGCCGGGUGAAGGAGGCAGAGGCCAUUUUGAGAGGCGCCGCCAAGAUGAACAGAGUCACAGUCCCGGAGGUCAUCUUCCCCCAAACAGAGGGUGAACAGAAACAAUGUAAAAAAGAGGAAUUCCAUGGCUUUCUUGAGCUCCUGAAGACCAGCAACAUCCGGCACAUCACGCUAAUAUUGUGUCUGGUGUGGUUAACUCUAAAUAUAGGUUAUUUCGGCCUGUCCCUCAACACAGCUAAACUACAUGGAAACCCUUAUCUCAACUGUUUCAUCUCUGCCUGCACUGAGAUCCCAGCUUAUACCGCCACCUGGCUGUCCCUACAAUAUUUACCCAGAAGGCCGUGCGCUACCAUCAGCAUGCUGCUAGGAGGCGGACUUCUUUUCUUCAUUCUGCUUGUACCUCCAGGUCUGACCCCCCUGGCCAUUUCACUGGAAAUGAUUGGGAAAUUUUUCCUGUCCAGUGCAUCUGCCUUGGCGUAUUCUUACACGGGAGAGCUGUACCCCACCGGAAUCAGAAACACCGCAAUUGGGACCUGCAGCACAGCCUCUCGAGUGGGAACCUCCAUUGCUCCAUACUUAAUCCACCUGGGUUCAUAUGACAAGAAUUUGCCUUACAUUCUGCUGGGAAGCCUCACCAUUAUAGCUGGGAUCAGCGCUCUCUUUCUGCCAGAGACCUUUGGGCUCCCCCUGCCGGACACCACGGAUCAGAUGCCAAAGAUAAAGAGGAUAAAAUGGCAGCGUCUAUCCAGUGGACAGAAGCAUCAACCAAAGAAAGGCAGGACUCAUCCAGGAAAAAUCCUUGAGACAUGGAUGUAGUCACCAGAACUACCUUUCCAUGACUGAUUAUGUAUUCCGUUAAAGUUCACACACUUAACGAUUAUCGAUUAUGCAAUCAAUUUCUCUGCCUCUAACGUGCAAGCGUAAACUGAGGCGCAAGCGAAACUUAAAAGUACAGCCAGGGUGGGCGCUGCCGCCUCACAGCAAGGAGGUCCUGGGUUCGAAUCCCCGUCGGCCGGGGCCUCUCUGUGCGGAGUUUGCAUGUUCUCCCCGUGUCGCGUGGGUUUCCUCCGGGU